UUGGUAUGUGUUAUCCUCAUGCAGUUUGACUAGGAGGGUUUCUACUAGCUAGAGCCCUGCUGCUCGUCCGUUGCUUUGUUUGCCCACCACACAACAGCGGUCUAGACGGAUCUUUUCAACACAAUUUUAACGGUCAAGUCGAUUUAACUUUGGCCCGGAGGGGGGAGCCAUCCAGAAGCUACAAUGCGCCUGAGGACGCUCGCCUUGUCAGCGGGCCAGCUCGCACCUAGCACUAAAGAGGGCGCGUUCCGGGACUCUCCUGAGCUCAACAAGUCUUUCCCAUGUACCAAAAGGCCUUUUCGGCGCAGGGCCUUCGGGCUGCAUCGCUGGCGUGUCCAUGAGAAAGCUGAUGACUCUUCAAACUUGUACAGCUACAGUUCAGCAGCUGCAUGGAGUGUGCUGCAGACUGAUGUCCCUGCUACCAAAUCCCAUUCCUGCAGUAGGCUUGAGAGUUCCUUCCUUGAUCAUCUGGAUCAUGGGGGCUUUGUACUGUGUGGACCCCCUGUGUUUCACAAUCCCAAUAAAGCAGUCCUUACAGUGGACUCCAAGAGCACAGAGAUAUUGGUUGCUAAUGAGAAGGCUUGCAAUUUAUUUGAGUGCAGUAGUAAUGAUCUGAUUGGAUCACAUCUUUGCAGUCUCAUAAAGAAGUCCAGUCAGUCCUUGGAAGAAGCCUUAGGGGAGGAACAUCUGAAAAUUAAUGGCUCUCUUGUUGUUGUGUCAGGAAAAGUGGUGGAUGCUGUUAGCAAAGGUGGGAAUGCGGUUCCGGUGUCUGUGUGGGUCAGGAGGUUGACUCAGGAGGGACAGCGUACCCUGGUGGUGAUGGAACGUGUGGAGAGAAUAGCUGGCCAUGUGACCUUCUUGCCUGGCGGGAAGAUCCUGAGCUGCGACCCUGCCUUUACUUACCUUCAUGGUUAUGUACAUACUGGUGAGGUGAUUGGGCGGUCCAUCCAUGAGUUCAUCCCAUUGCUUCGAAUUCCUGUGGACUCCAAGCCAUUGCCCAAGACUUUCAGACUCCAGUGUGUGACUGGUAGGACCAGUUGGGGUUACCCUUUCCCUCUCUGUGUCCAGCUGCAAAUUGCCAAGGACUCUGAGAAAGCGGUGGAACCGAGGAAGAAGCCUACAGGGUCCUUUGUGUCUGACUGUAGUGCACCUCAUGAAGAUGGUUGGUCCACCUCAGCAAAUACAGGGCUGGUGUACUCUGCCACCAUCUGGGUUUUCACCACUCUCAGUGGACUGUUGACACUGAGGCCUGAUGGCUCUAUCCUCAGCGUCAGUGACAACUUUGCACUCGUUCUGUUUGGGUACAAGGCCUGCGAACUGCAGGAGAAGAGCAUUACCUUCCUGAUGCCUGGCUUCUAUGAGAGUCUGUGUGAUGUGAAGGAGCUGUCCUACAGUGCCCAACCCCACCCAGUUAAUGAUGAAGCCAAAAAAUUCCCCCCCACAAAUGGGCCUGGUCACUCUGGCCUCCUUUGCAGCAUGGAUCCCAGCACACUCCUUGCUGGGGACAUGGUCAUGAUUCACCAGGAGGCUGUGAAAGUGUCCCCUGCCUUUAAGAAGAAGGUCUUCAGUGAAGUGAGUGACAGACUGGGUAGUCAGGACAACACCCCACCUACACUGUUGUCACCCACAUUGACCUCAACCCCAUUCAACCGAGAGGAUGACGUCACUGAUCUGAUGGAGCAGGCCAUACUGACAGCACCUGAGCUCAAUGGACGUGAGGGGGUGGACAAUACCACAGCUCUUCUGCAGAGUCUCAGCCUUGUAGAACCACAGGAGCUUUCCAUAGUCUGUAUGCCUCCUGUGGAUCUGGACCAGGCUGCUUCUGACCAGAAUAGAACUGUUGAUGUUACCAGUAAGGGGCAUCCUUCUUGGGACCAUCCUUGCUCUAACACUACAGGAAGUAAUAAUUCCAGCUUUGAGAUCAUAACACUGGGAAGCCAUUCUUCCUCUGGAUUUUGUGAGAAAUGGCCCGGUGGAUCUGGUCCGGAGCGCCAGGAGGACAUGGGUCACAGUCCUGGUGGAGAAUUGCAGGCAGACCCCUGUAGUAGCUUCCUGGAAAUGGAUUCCAAAGGAGACCUUGUUACCUGUGUUCUUUCUAAUCUGGAGCUACUAGCUGAUGACUUGUCUCAAGCUGCCUGCAACACAGCAGAGCUCCUCCACACCCCCUCCCACAGUGUUUUGAACUCUGUCCUGGAAGUUGAGAGUCUUGUGGAACAAACCACAAGAAAAAGGGAAGCUGUCACAGACAGCCCUAUGGGAAGAGGUAACCACUGUGUCAAAAAUGAGGGGAUUCCAAGCACUUCAACUCCAAAGAAACUGGAGCCAAAUGAGCUGCAAGCAAGUGCUGCUCCAAUCCAGAUUGUGGAAGGGCGGUACAAAGGCCAUUGUUACCACAGAGAUGGAUCCAAACUUGAUGUGCAGCUAGACAUCCGUGAGGUGGAGCUCUCCAAUGGCCAGCCGCUCUUCUGCGUAUGGGUGUCAAGGAAUCAGUAUGUGGGUCCAAGCCAUGGGUCAUGGAGAAGCCCACAGCACUGCAUGGAAGGCGAUAGCAUGUCAUUACAGGAUGCUUCUACUUGGAGCAAGGGAGAGGCUGGUCUUGAUGUGGCCCAGGGUGAGAUGCUGGGCUCAACCCAGGACCUGGAAGACUCUCAUGCUUGUGAUGGCCUGUUUGGGGAGGAGUACUACCCACUGUGUGUCAUGGGAAAGGGGGCCUUUGGUUUUGUCUGGAAGGCCCAGCGAAGGGCUGAUGGUAAUGAGGUUGUUGUGAAGUUCAUCCGGAAGGCUAAAAUCCUGAAUGAGUGCUGGGUUAAUGAUCCAGACAUGGGAAGGGUUAGCCAGGAGAUUGCCAUACUGUCCAGGCUGCAGCAUCCUAACAUAGUCAAGGUACUGGAAGUAUUUGAGAAUGAGACCUUCUUCCAAAUGGUGAUGGAGAAACAUGGUGAGGGAGUGGACCUGUUUGAGUUCAUUGAGCGUCAGCCUCUUUUAGAUGAGCCACUGGCCAGCUACAUCUUCAGACAGCUGGUGGCUGCGGUGAGCUACCUGCGAGGCAAAGGCAUCCUUCACCGGGACAUCAAGGACGAGAACAUCAUCAUUGACACACAGUUCCACAUUCAACUCAUCGAUUUUGGCUCAGCCACUAGGAUGGAAUCAGGGAAGCUGUUCCAAGUAUUCUGUGGCACACUGGAGUACUGCUCUCCAGAGGUGUUAAAUGGAAAACCUUAUGAGGGCCCUGAACUGGAAAUGUGGUCCCUGGGAGUGCUGCUGUACACACUGCUGUUCAGUGAAGUCCCCUUUUUUGAUGUAGAGGAAACCUUGAAGGCCCAGCUCCACCCUCCCUUCUCUGUGUCCCCAGAGCUGCAUUCGCUCCUCUUUGGGCUGCUUCAGCCAGAUCCUAACACUCGGACUACCUUAUCAGAGCUGCUGCAGGCUGCCUGGCUUCGGCAGCCCAUCAACCUGGCAGACUACACCUGGGAGGAGAUGUUCCCUAUGUACCAAGAUAACCAACUACACCAUGGAACCAGUGUAAACAUCUGUGAGGAAGAACAAAGCAGUUUGAGUCCAGGAGGUGGUGGGAACCUAUGUAUCCCCCAGGAAGUACUACAAAUAACCAGGUGAUAGUCAUAAUGUUGAAGUUUUCCCUGGACAACAAGUUUCCCAGAUACUCUUAGACAAUUGAAGAAUGAACUUGGGCACUCAAGAUUUGGCACUGAAGAGCUACAGCAGUCUUCCUCUUUAGCUGCAAAUAUUUUUUCCAUUUAAACAUGGUAAAAUGAAUAUGCAACUGUGACAGUAAAAAACAGAAAGAGCAUGAAGCUUAUUGCAGAAAUGCUCUACUGUUCUAAGAAGAACAGACCAAAGAUGGGCUAUAGAGAAUGAAAGAAAAUGGGGUCAGAUCUGAACUACUUUCAGACCUUAUCAGUGUAAUUUGUACAAUAUUUUAUAUUGAGAGGUAGAAAAGCUUUUAAUAAUUUAAUGUUUAUGUAUAACUGCAAG